ACCACAGCUCAACGAGAAGCACAGCGCAGUGGCAACGGCAGAGCAGGAGCAGCUGGAAUCCCGGUGAUUAAAUAGUUCUCACAGCCUUUUUUCUGUACUUGGUCCGCUCCCUGGUGUAAUUCUCGUAUCCAAGAAGGAAGCUGCAUUUUAACGGUGUGCUGAACAGAGGUUUGAAUCAUUCCAGCUGGCUGCUUGUUUUGAAAAGGACAAUGUGUAUAUAAAUAAAGAGAGUCUCUGCUGGAAGAGUUCAGAUACUAGGACUGGAGCUAAAGAGUGCUCUCGGAAUAUUGUUGAGGCAGAUCGCAUGAACUGAAAGCUCCUUCUAAUUAACCUGGAGCCAAGAGAAUCUGCAUACUGGAUAUCUCAUUUUCUAACUCGGGAUAAAUUCAAGUUAGGAAAAGAAAUAAAAAACUGAAAUGCUUCUCUAGAUAAUGUUUAAAGGAUUCUGCAACAAUCUCUGGUAUUGGACAUACUCAAUAUCUCUGCAACUUUUAUUCUCCUGGCCCUUUGCCUUCCAGUUUUAACUUGCUCGUGAUCCCUUCAAACAUUUUACAUGUUUUGCAAUGGUUACAUGAACUUUUGGGAAGUGAUAUUUGCACCAUCUUGUACUUUAUUCACUAUGGCACUUUAGGAAAAGAAAUUGGAGAAAACAUCCAAAGCAGUAUUUUAAAAAAUGAAUCUUACUGUGAAACUUCGGAGAAGUUUUCGAACACUGAUUGUUCUCUUAGCUACCUUUUGUUUGGUGAGCAUUGUCAUUUCUGCCUAUUUCCUCUACUCUGGCUAUAAACAGGAAAUGACACUUAUUGAAACCACUGCAGAAGCAGAAUGUGCUGGCAUAAAAAUUCUACCUUAUCGGUCAAUGGAGCUGAAAACAGUUAAACCUAUCGACACAUCCAAAACUGAUCCUACUGUCCUCUUAUUUGUGGAGAGCCAAUACUCUCAACUCGGUCAAGAUAUUGUAGCUAUCUUGGAAUCCAGCCGAUUUCAGUACCACAUGGUUAUUGCUCCUGGCAAGGGGGACAUACCUCCUCUUACAGACAGUGGCAAAGGAAAAUAUAUUUUAGUUAUUUAUGAAAAUAUUCUAAAGUAUGUCAGCAUGGACUCAUGGAAUCGAGAGCUUUUAGAAAAAUACUGUGUAGAAUACAGUGUUAGUAUAAUAGGUUUUCAUAAAGCCAAUGAGAACAGCUUACCAAGUACACAAUUAAAAGGCUUUCCAUUAAACCUUUUCAAUAAUCUAGCUCUAAAGGACUGUUUUAUCAACCCUCAGUCACCUGUGCUACAUAUUACCAAAGCCCCCAAAGUUGAGAAAGGCCCUCUUCCAGGGGAAGACUGGACGGUUUUCCAAUACAAUCAUUCAACCUACCAGCCUGUGCUUUUAACUGAAUUACAGACAGAAAAAUCCCUUUCAUCCUUGUCCAGUAAACCACUCUAUGCGACAGUAAUUCAGGAUCUGGGGCUUCAUGAUGGAAUUCAGCGAGUUCUUUUUGGCAACAACUUAAAUUUUUGGCUACACAAGCUCAUCUUCAUAGAUGCCAUCUCCUUCUUAUCAGGGAAGAGGCUGACAUUGUCCUUGGACAGGUACAUCCUUGUGGACAUUGAUGAUAUCUUUGUUGGGAAGGAAGGAACAAGGAUGAAUGUCAAAGAUGUGAAGGCAUUACUAGAGACUCAAAAUUUACUGCGCACUCAGGUUGCAAAUUUUACCUUCAACCUUGGAUUUUCAGGGAAGUUUUACCACACAGGGACUGAAGAGGAAGAUGAAGGAGAUGACCUUUUGCUUAGGUCCGUGGAUGAGUUCUGGUGGUUUCCUCAUAUGUGGAGCCACAUGCAGCCUCAUCUCUUCCACAAUGAGUCAUCUUUAAUUGAGCAGAUGAUUCUCAACAAGGAAUUUGCACUGGAACAUGGAAUACCUAUCAACAUGGGCUAUGCGGUGGCGCCACAUCACUCAGGGGUCUACCCGGUACACAUUCAGUUGUAUGCAGCUUGGAAAAAAGUCUGGGAUAUUCAGGUCACUAGCACAGAAGAAUAUCCACAUUUGAAACCUGCACGGUACCGAAAGGGCUUCAUUCACAACAGCAUCAUGGUCCUCCCUCGACAGACCUGUGGGUUGUUCACCCACACUAUUUUCUACAAAGAGUAUCCAGGAGGACCCCAAGAAUUGGAUAAAAGUAUCAGAGGAGGUGAACUUUUCCUCACAAUACUUUUGAAUCCAAUCAGCAUUUUCAUGACUCACUUAUCAAAUUAUGGGAAUGAUCGCCUAGGGUUGUAUACCUUUGUGAACUUGGCCAACUUCGUCCAGAGCUGGACCAACCUGAACUUGCAAACUCUGCCUCCAGUGCAACUAGCGCACAAGUACUUUGAGCUCUUCCCUGAGCAAAAAGACCCUCUCUGGCAGAAUCCAUGCGACGAUAAACGGCACAAAGACAUCUGGUCUAGAGAGAAAACUUGUGAUCACCUACCAAAAUUCCUUGUAAUUGGGCCACAGAAAACAGGAACAACUGCACUUUAUUUAUUUCUUCUUAUGCAUCCUUCCAUCAUCAGCAAUCUCCCAAGUCCCAAAACGUUUGAAGAAAUUCAAUUCUUUAAUGGCAACAACUACCACAAGGGAAUUGACUGGUACAUGGACUUUUUUCCUACCCCAUCCAACAUUACAAGUGACUUUCUGUUUGAAAAGAGUGCUAAUUAUUUCCAUUCAGAAGAAGCUCCUAAGCGAGCUGCAUCUUUGGUCCCCAAAGCCAAGAUCAUCACCAUCCUCAUCGACCCUUCAGAUAGGGCAUACUCUUGGUACCAGCACCAGAGAUCACAUGAAGACCCAGCUGCCCUGAGGUCUAAUUUCUACGAAGUGAUUACAACAGGACAUCGGGACCCAUCUGACCUAAAAACUCUGCAGAGGAGAUGCCUCAUACCUGGCUGGUAUGCAGUCCACAUAGAAAGAUGGCUAACUUACUUUGCUACUUCUCAGUUGCUAAUUAUUGAUGGACAGCAGCUGAGAUCUGACCCAGCUACUGUGAUGGAUGAAGUCCAGAAGUUUCUGGGAGUUACAACUCAUUAUAAUUACUCUGAAGCACUAACGUUUGAUCCCCAAAAGGGUUUUUGGUGUCAACUGCUAGAAGGUGGGAAGACCAAAUGCCUUGGAAAAAGCAAAGGCCGAAAAUAUCCACCCAUGGAUCCAGAGUCUAGAACGUUCCUCUCUAAUUACUACCGAGAUCAUAAUGUGGAACUGUCAAAACUGCUACAUAGACUAGGGCAGCCUUUGCCCUCCUGGCUGAGACAGGAGCUACAGAAAGUGAGAUAGCACUGGAGACAAGAACCAAGGCUCACGAAGUACUAUUACUAUUAAAUAGAAGAACAAACCCCACACUUUUCUUCCCUUAAUGCACUUGAGAUUGUCAACAGAGGACUGUGUGAAUAAAUUUCCUUCUAUCAUUUUUCAUAAAAUGAAAAUUGUCAUAUAUGCACACAUUGGCAGUUACUACCAUCAACCUAUGUGAGCUGUCGGGGUGUAGUGUGGGGUUUGUGGUGUUACCCAGUUUGCAGUGUGGGGAUCAUAACACAAACCAGUUCUCCUCUGUUAACCACAAAGGUUCAGAAACUUUGUGUAUGACUGGGAACCCUGAUUAUAUGCAGUUGACAAAUGAGAACCUUGAGGAAAAGAUAAGGAUUGAGAUUAUCUGUAAAAGAAAUUGGUAGCAACCCAAUAUCUGGAUUAAGGGCUUACAUUUUCCCUUUGCUAAUUUAAAACAAUUGUUUUUGUUAGGAAAAAAUAUUAUAAAACCCCAUACUCUUAUUUUAAGCAGUUGUUAUUUAUCAUAUUUAGCCCACAUAUAUUUUCUCUGUCACUCCUCUUUAUGAAUUUCCUUAACUUGCUAAAAAAGUAGUGAAGUUGUGGCCCCCCAGGUUUUUUGUCUGCUUUCCUCUUGUAGGAGGGGAUGAUCUGAAAGUUUCCACAUUCACUGAUACUACUGUUUUCUCUGGCAAGGCAUGCCAUUCCCAGUGAAGUUUGCAUUAUGGUACCAACAAAAUCUGUCAGAGAUUUUUGGGAAAAAGGAAUGAAAGUAUGCACUCUGUAUAAUAUUAACUAGUCUGUGUAAGGCCAUCUUUACAUGGGUCCAAAACUUUACCAUACAAUUAACCUAGGUAUUUUCAUUGACAAUGAUAUAGUAUUUAUAUAUUUUUUCACUAUCCACAUGAGAAAAACUUUACUGAUAAGAUACAUGGAGUGAAACGCCUAUAUGUGUUUAUAGGUAAAAUGACACACUUAUGCCUUCAAUGCAGUAGAUGUCAAUCAUUUUAAAGCAUGGAUUUUUAUAUAUGCCAGUACAUGUACUAUUGCAGAAGAUUGUUUUUAAUGCCUAUUUAACAAAAGAAAUAUAAUCUAAAACUUAACUCUUUAACCAUCACUAAUUCUCUAACCUAAAUUCUAUUUCUCAACCAGGCCAUGCAAAAAUUAAUUUCUAGAGAAGAUUGAUGUUCUUUCUUAGAGUUAUAAGUUCCUUUCCUAAUGGAGGUUAUUGUCAUUCUGGUUGGAUUUUUAUCCCAUUUGUCAAUGAAGGUAUAUUAAAGCUUUGUUAAUCUUCUCAGUGAUACAUGAAGGUAAAAUUUCAACAGAACAGUAAAUCAAACUGGCUUUCAUAACAUUAUCUAUAAAUCCAUCCUUCCUGCAGAGUAACUUUUCUAUAGGCUUUAAGUAACAUUACUUUUCCCUAUAAUUUAAGAAAUUACAUGUGACAUAAUUCAAUGUCUUCAAAAAAAACUGAAAAUCCUUCUUUUUAUUUUUGUUUGUUUUAUGUUGUCUUAAGCAAGCAAAUCAAAUCAAACAGAAUCAAGAAUUUUUACAUAUUUUAUUUCAAAAUUCAACUUUGGAAUUAUUCAGUAGACCCUUGAACAACACAAGUUGGAGUCCAUUUAUACAUUAACUUCUUAAGAAAAAAGUAUUGGAAAACUUUUUGGAGACUUGUGACAAUUUGAUAAUAUAUUUUCUCUAUCUUACUUUAUUGGUAAGAAUACAGUAUAUAAUACAUAUAUAAAAUAUGUAUGAGUCCACUGUUUAUGUUAUCAGCAAGGCUUUUCUAGUCAACACAAGGCUGUUAGUAGUUAAGUUUUGAGGAGUCAAAAGUUAUACACAGAUUUCUGGCUGUGGGGGGGGUGGGGAUGUUAGCACCCCUAACCCUGUGUUGUUCAAGGAUCAACAGUGUUUCAUUAAGAUUUGUGUUUGUUUUAUUUUAUUUGUUUUAUUUUCCCACUGCAUCUAAAGACUCUUGAUCUUUUCAGAAAAUAUAAUAUUUUGUGGGGGCAUGAGUUAAUACAAUCACAAACUAUUACUUCUGUGGUUUCUUUUAACUGUGACUCCAAUUCUCAAUCUUAUUGUUACUUAGUUGAGCUUUACGGGAUAGAAUUCCAUUAAGAACACUAAAAUCAUAAUAAUUGUUUACUUAGAGCUCUAAUUUUUAACUAAUUUGUUCACUAGUUUCCUCCAGUUUUUAUUCUGUUUUCUUUCUUGAACUAGAGAUUAACUUUUUUUGUACUCAAGUAGGAUAACAGAGAUAUUUAUAGAAGGGGAGACAUUUUUCAUAUUAAGCAAAAUCCACAUGACUCAAAUUCUAACUUAUCAUUGAAGUUUUGAAAAUGUAACUCAUUUUCUGCAUUUUCUUAUUUUUUUCUGAAGAGUGUACACAGUACCACCCACCUAUCUACAAAUAUCCAAGAGCAGAAUUCCCCCAAAUUCAACUAAUUUCUUCAGCUCUUGUUCAGUUCAAUCAGUGUAUACAUUUUUCUUACUAAGAUUGAUGAUGAAGACAAUAAAAUAAAUUUCAAUUAUGUAAUUCAUUUUCAUCUUACAGUAAACUGCUUAGAAAAACUCUAGAUUUUAGAAAAUUAUAAUAAAUCAGGGAAAUUUUCAGUUUUAAUCACACCUUGAUUUUCCCAAUUUUUAUCCACUGGCUACUUCAGAAUUAUUGACUCAAGAUUUAAUAUAUGCAUUUUCUAAAUUUUAAAUAAGUUCUAUCUCAUGGUUGAAUAACAUACUAUUUUAAAUUUUAAAGAACUUCUUAAAAUCUUUAAGCAAGCCAGGGUUUUCCUUCUUUCCUUUUCUUUAUUUCAGUUGCCUAACACAAAUAUAAUCGUUGAUUAUUUCACAUUAAGAAAGGCAGGAACAAUAUUUGAUUAUAAGCCUACAUCAAAAUAUAGUAUAUAUUUGUCAAAUAUGAGUCUCUAAAAAUUAUAUUACAAAUCUCAUUCAAAAACAAAUUUUGUUUGUUUUUAACUACGUUCACAAAAUGAAUUUAAUAAGCAACAAGAAGAAUACUAGUGAGAAAAAUUAACACCUCUACUACUGUGUUUUUUUCUGAAAAAGAAAAGUUUUUCCAAUGAGAUUUUAUUUGCCUGAAUUUUAACAAACUAAUUUACAUUUAACUCAUAUGGCUUUCAUUCUUCUAUCUCACUGUUUUAUUAUGAUAUGAAGUGGUCCAUUAACCAUGCAUUUUUAUUUCUUUUUAGUUACACAAACAAUUUACAGUGGAAUAAUAUCUGAAAAGCCUGUUUUGGGUGACUAGAUAGCAUAUUAACCGUUUGCUUGAUGGAGGUACCUCAAAAAUAAUGCUGGCCAAAGAUUUCAGAAAGAAAGAAGUCUAGUAGUCUUGCAUAUAGAAUUUUCUCUCAACUACAGGAACACCACUUAGCCGUGGGUACCUCUGUAUACUCAACAUAUGUAUAUUUAUGCAAAUGAGUAUUUUCUUGUGUGAGCCAGUGAGGUGGGUGGCAAAAGGAGAACUCUGCAUUUACUGAAAUUGUUAAAUAACUAAUGUAGUACAUGCAUAACAUAUCUUUGGUUCUCAUUUCUUUAGAAUAAAUAUUACUGCUGGU